ACUGGCAAUGCACCUGAACGACCAGAGCAUCUUCUGGAAUCGAGCCAGCGCCUCUUGGGUGGCCACAGGAUCCCUUCGCUGUCUUGCCCGUAGCCAAUUCUCUAUUUACACCACUUCGCAGACUUGUCACCUGAGCGCGCCUCCUUGUACUACCACCGUCACCCCAGCGAUCGCCACGAGUGGUCCGCAAGCGGAGCCGCCGCGCAACUGACGUGCUUCCACCACGCGACCAGAUUAUUGUACGACAUUGUACAUUACACAUUGCACACCCAUCCUUUGGCCUUUCAGUACAGUUCACAAUGGGCAAGGGCUCGAGCAAAACGAGCACCAAGGUGCUGCCGCUCAUCCCCCUCGCACCUCCGCUCGCCGUCCUUCCCGGUACGACCGUCAAGAUCCCCAUCACGAACCGUCCCGACGUUGCCGCCAUCCUCGCCAAGAUCUACAGCAUCAGCCCGACGGCAAAGCCCGAUGCCUCCAUCACUGUCGCCUGCGUGCCUCUCAACUCGAACACCAUCAGCCCCAUCGACGGACAGCUGAUGCUCGAGGACUCCGAGCGCGGCGACAAGACGAUCUACGAGAGCGACCCGGUGCAGGCGACUAAGAGGGAUAUAUUCGGAUAUGGAUGCAUUGCAAAGGUCACUGGCGUACAGGGCCGGCGACAGGGUGACCUGAGCCUGGUUGUCGAGGGACUGGAGCGCGUGCGCAUAGUCGACGUCGUGCAGGAGCGCCCGUACUUCGAGGGCGACCUGGCCGCCGUUGAUGAGUACAUCAACGUUGUCGACGAGGAGCUCGAGGAAAGGUUCAACCGCCUCAAGCAACUGUCGCGUGAGCUGCUUGCUCUCGUGCGUCUCUCUGCAAUCCUGCCGCGCAUGCCUACCGUCACACUGUCGCCGAUCGUCGCACGCAGGCUAGAGCUGUACAUCUCUCGCAAGGAUCUGUCCGAGGCUGGCUCGCUGGCCGACUUCAUGGCCAACAUUGUCGAAUGCUCUCACGAGGAGAAGCUGCGUGUGCUGGCAGCGAUUGAUGCCAGAGACCGAGUUGACCGCGUCAUUGAGAUCCUCCAGCGCCAGAUCACGAACAUCCAGGGCAGCACACGCAUUAUAGUCACAACACAACAAGCCCCCAGCGGCAACUUCGACGUCGAUCAGCUGCGACGGAUACAACAGCAGGCCCUGAUCAAGCGGGGCAAGAUGGGCGACGGCAAGCUGCCCGGCUUCACCGGAGGUUUCCCUGGUGGCUCCCAGCCGCAGGGCGAGGAGGACACAAACGAGAUUGAUGAGCUCAAGAAACGUCUGCAGGACGCUCAGUUGUCGGCUGAGGCUGACAAAGUGGCCCAACGAGAGCUGCAGCGUCUGCAGAAGAUGAACCCGGCGCAGGCCGAGUACACAGUUAUCAGGAACUACCUCGACAAUCUUGCCGAAAUUCCAUGGACGAAGAUGACCCUCGAUCAACUCGACGCAGGGACACUCGUCAAGGCGCGGAAGCAGCUUGAUGAUGACCACUACGGUCUUGACAAAGUCAAGAAGAGGCUGCUAGAGUAUCUGGCUGUGCUCAAGCUCAAGGAGCAAGCCAAUCGCAGCAUUGACGACCAGAUCCGCGCUCUAACCGAGGGCCCCACACCCGAUGGUGAGCAACAUGAGCAACAUGAGCAUGCCGAUGAUACACAGCUGCAGCCCACCAAGGAGCAAUCCGAAGAAGAGAAGCAACUGCUCGAAAGGAAGCGCAUGGUUGACAAGUCGCCCAUUCUCCUGCUUGUCGGCCCCCCAGGAGUAGGAAAGACAUCACUGGCCAAGUCAGUCGCUAGUGCACUUGGCCGCAAGUUCCACCGCAUUUCACUGGGUGGUGUUCGCGACGAGGCAGAGAUUCGUGGUCACCGCAGGACAUACGUUGCAGCCAUGCCUGGGCUCAUCGUCGGUGGACUGAAGAAGGUGGGCGUCGCCAACCCUGUCUUCCUCCUGGACGAGAUUGAUAAGCUGUCUGGCGCAAACCACAACGGCGACCCUAGCGCGGCCAUGCUCGAAGUCUUGGAUCCAGAGCAGAACCACACCUUCACAGAUCACUACGUCAAUAUUCCCAUUGAUCUUUCCAAGGUUCUAUUCAUCGCCACUGCCAACUCCCUCGAUACGAUUCCAGCACCACUUCUCGACCGCAUGGAGACCAUCGAGCUAUCCGGCUACACUACAAUCGAGAAGCGUCAUAUCGCCGCUCGCCAUCUCAUCCCCAAGCAAAUCAUCACCAAUGGUUUGCGCCAGAAGGACCUUGAAAUCCCUACCGACGUCCUCGACAAGAUCAUCACAGCCUAUACACGCGAAUCUGGCGUGCGCAAUCUCGAGCGCGAAAUUGGCUCUGUUUGCCGCAGCAAAGCCGUUGAGUACGCAACUUGCGCCGACACCGAUACACUCGCCACGUACACACCCGUCGUGACCCUCGCCGACGUCGACGCAACCCUGGGCAUCGAGAAGUUCGCCGAAGAACUGACAGAACAACAAUCCCGCCCAGGCGUUAUCACCGGCCUCGUCGCCUACUCCUCUGGCGGCCAAGGCUCUAUCCUCUUCAUCGAGAUCGCCGACAUGCCCGGGUCAGGCCGCGUCCAGCUCACCGGCAAACUCGGCGACGUGCUCAAGGAAAGUGUCGAAGUAGCACUGACCUGGGUCAAGGCGCAUGCCUUCGACCUCGGCCUCGCCGACGCCGGCGUCGACAUCAUGAAGAACCGCAGCAUCCACGUGCACUGCCCUAGCGGCGCGAUUCCCAAGGAUGGGCCCAGCGCUGGCAUCGCCCACACAGUAGCCCUCAUCAGCUUGUUCAGCGGGAAACCAGUGCCGCCUACACUCGCCAUGACCGGUGAGGUCAGUCUGCGCGGUAGAGUCCUGCCCGUCGGCGGUAUCAAGGAGAAGCUCAUCGGCGCCAUGCGUGCGGGCGUUGAGCGCGUGCUGCUCCCCGAGGGCAACAGGAAGGAUGCGCGGGAUCUGCCCGAUGAAGUCAAAGAGGGCCUCAAGAUUGAGUUCGUGGGGCAUAUUUGGGAGGCGCUUGGGCUGGUGUGGCCAGAGCGCUGGGAGGGCGCCGUUGGCGUCAGCGAGUCCAGGCUGUAAUUGUCUACGCUGUUUGUUGUUCGGUUUGUUUGGAUUUAGCGUUAGCAUUAUUUUGGAAUCUACUCACAUGAAAUUCUCU